CUCCUCACUAACACCACCGUACCUCUGCUCUCUAUCGCCUGCCUUAUCUCCUCUUAUCAUCUAAACUAAAUAACAAUAUGCGUCGACUCCUCCUCAGCCAGAUCAGAGGCGUAUAUAAACCGCGGCUGGUCCCGCCCGAGGCCAAGCAUAGGACAUUGCACUUGGCUCGUCUUGUCUCUUGGCUCCUUGUCCCUUCACCGCCCUAAAACCAGCCCCCACCUCCUCCCUCACCACAUCCCCCACCACAUCCUCCACCAUGACUUCCGUCUAUGAGCAGAAAACCUACUGGUACUCCAAGGCCGCCCACAAGUUCGCCGAGAAGAUCGACUGGUAUCCCAAGGAGAUGUCGAUGGAAGAGCGCGCCCUCGUCUUCAAGAUCGACUGGCUCGUUCUCUCCUUCUCAUGCCUGGCCUACUUCACCAAGAACUUGGACGUCUCGGCAUUGACCAACGCCUACAUCUCCGGUAUGGACGUCGAUCUCAAGCUCACCGGUGACCGUUUCAACUAUGCCACUUCCAUGUACUACGUCGGCUACUGCCUCUUCCAGAUCCCCUCCAACAUCGUCCUCACAAAGCUUCCCGCCCAGUACUACCUCCCCGCUGCCGAAGUCGCAUGGGGUCUCUUCACCCUCGGCACCGCCUUCAUCAAGAACUACAAGCAGCUCUACGUCAUGCGAUUCUUCGUCGGACUCACCGCGACCGCCUGCUGGGUCGGCAACGCCCAUAUUGUAAACUCGUGGUACACUCGCCAAGAACUUGGCAAGCGCAAUGCCAUCUACCAGAACGUCUGGCCUCUCGGCGCCAUGUUCGCCGGAUACCUGCAGUCGGCGGCCUACAGCAACCUCAGCGGCCAUGGCGGUCUCGAGGGCUGGCGUUGGCUCUUCAUCAUCUGCGCAAUCAUCACUAUCCCAUGCGCUAUCGUCGGCGUUUUGUUCUGCCCUAACGUCCCCGAUCGCUGCACCUCGAGAUGGUUGUCUGAGCGCGAAAAGAAGCUCGCCGUCGACAGACUUUUGCGCGACGGUUUCGCAAAGACCAGAGGUGUCGACCGCAGCUUGUUCAUGCGUAUCUUUGGCAACUGGCGAAUCUACGUCCUCUUCGUCGUCGGAAACCUCUACUGGAUGACCCCGUACCCUUCCAGCACUCCCUUUGCGCUCUGGCUCGACAGCCAGCCCAAGUACUCCAAGCCUAUGGUAAACAACCUGUCGACAAUCACCUACGCCGCACAGAUCGUUUCCAACUUGGCCUGCGGCUGGUACUCUGACUACCGCCAGAACCGCUGGGAGACCAUGGGCUACGGCGGCGUCCUUAUCCUGAUCUCCAACGUCAUCCUCCUCGUCUGGAAAGUUUCCGACGGCGCAAAGUUCUUUGCUUUCAUCGCCCUCGGUGUCGCCAACGGACCCACCAACCUCAUCAUUCCCUGGCUCGCAGAGUUUAUGUCGCACGAUCUCGAGGCGCGCUCGACCUCGAUCGCAAUCGUCAACGUCGGCUGGGUCGUCAUCAACCUCGUCGUCCCGCUCGUCGCGUUCCCGACGUCCAAGGCACCCCGCUACCUCGGAGGUUACAUCUUCAUGGUCAUCAUGUCCGUCGUCGAGCUCAUCCUUCUCCCGCUGCCGAUGUAUCUCCACAGACGCGAGCUCAAGAAAGGAAUCGAUUACUCCAAGCAGGUUAUCGACGAGUUUGGCGCGGCUGGCCUUGAGGAGAAGACCGACGGUGCCAGUGCCGACGGGGUCAGUGUCGUCGAUGGUGUUAGCGUCUCUGAGCUUGAGCCUCCUGUGUACUCUAGCAAGGAGGAGGAGGUCAACGAGAAGAAGGAAAAGGUUGAGGUCUCUGUUGCUUCAGUUUAAUGCAGC